UGGUCCUGGCCCCGCCCCGCUCUGGCCCCGCCUCCCGCGCCAUGGCGCUGUUCGAGCAGCAUGCGGGCGAGAACGUGGGCAAACUGCUGAGGGGCACCGACCUGCAUUUCAGGUACAACCCCGAGAACCUGGCCACACUGGAGCGCUAUGUGGAGACACAGGCCAAGGAGAAUGCUUAUGACCUGGAGGCCAACCUGGCCGUGCUCAAGCUAUACCAGUUCAAUCCUGCUUUCUUCCAAACCACCGUCACGGCUCAGAUCCUGCUCAAAGCUCUGACCAACCUGCCGCACACAGACUUCACCCUCUGCAAGUGUAUGAUCGAUCAGGCUCAUCAAGAAGAGAGGCCGAUCAGGCAGAUCCUCUACCUGGGAGAGCUACUGGAGACCUGCCACUUCCAGGCCUUCUGGCAAGCCCUGGAUGAGAACAUGGAGCUUCUGGAUGGGAUCACGGGGUUUGAAGACUCCGUUAGGAAGUUCAUCUGCCACGUGGUGGGGAUCACGUACCAGCACAUCGACCGGUGGCUGCUUGCUGAGGUGCUGGGUGACCUCUCAGACAACCAGCUGAAGGUCUGGAUGAGCAAAUAUGGCUGGACAGAAACGGAGUCAGGCAAGAUCUUCAUCUGCAACCAGGAGGAGAGCAUCAAACCCAAGAACAUAGUGGAGAAGAUCGACUUUGACAGUGUCUCCAGCAUCAUGGCUUCCUCCCAGUGAUGGGGCCUCUGUCCCCGCCUUCCUCGCGGCUCCACGAGAACUCGCUUGGGAAUUCUGUUGUUCGGUUCCUUUUUAAAACCAGUGCAACCUUGGUCAAUAAAAGCGCGUUGUCGACUCUG